AUGCGCCAGAAACGAAACAGAACGCCAGAAAGUAAUAAACCGUACGGACUGUACGGACGCCGAGUGAACAGUGCAGAGCGCACGGACUGUACGGACGCCGCCGGAAAGUCGAUGAACAGUGCAGCUGUUAGCCAGCUAGCUGCAAUGGGCGAUUCAAGUUCUGGUGAAAUAACCUUAGUUGUGGCCACUGACGGAUCGAUGCCCAACCAAAUGAUGGGGGAUAUUUCAGAGCAGAGGGUAGAGACCAAGCGUCAGUCCGACUAUGUACAGUUUCCUGGCAACGAGAAGAUGCAUGAACUGAUGAAAAGGCAGCUCAGUUCAUCGAUUGAGGAUGAUAUUCCAUUUCAUGCCAACAAGGGGCAUGUUAUGUGUUUCGAGUUGUACGAGGUGGCGUCUGAUGAAAAUGCAGAUGCAGAUAGAUUUGUUUAUGUACUAGAGCAAUUAUGUGAAGAAAAUAAGGUUGGCUUGGCCACCAUUUUCGAUCAUGUCACUACCACAUGUGAUUCGUUGCUUCAUGUUGCAGCCCAACAUGGGAGCAAACAAGUUUUAAGGCUUAUUACUUUUCACUAUCCUAAGCUUUUGUACCAGACAAAUAUGAAAGGCGAUACUCCGCUUCAUGUUGCAGCAAGAGCUAAGAAUCUUGUCGGAAUCAAGAACAUUCUCGCCAUGGAAAAACAUUUCAUGUUGACUUCUGAUGAUGAUGAGGAGGAGGAGGCUGUAUCUAUGGAUAAAGCAGAGUUUAUAAUGUUACGCAACAAUUAUGGGAUGACAGCUUUGCGCGAAGCUGUUUUGAGCAAGAAUUCUUCUGUGGUUCGUUUCCUUCUAUCGGCACAUAAGCAAAGUAAUCUUACCACAUGGAACUACGCUUAUGGCUGUAAAUCGCCAAUGUAUUUAGCAGCCCUAACAAGCGUUAGGGAUGUUCUUUGUUCUCUCUUGGACAUUCCAAUACCCUCAGGCAAGGAUAUUUCAAAUGGCGACUCUCCACUUCAUGCUACUAUAUCAGAAAGAGAUACCUGUCAGAACGUUCUUCACAUUGCAGCAAUGAAGGGACAAACUAAUAUGUUAAGACAUCUGCUAAAGCACCCAAAGAUUCAUCAUGACAUCGUCAAUGAGAGGGAUGUAAAUGGAAAUACUCCCUUACAUUUGGCUUCAAGAGGAUUGCGUCUUUGGACUCUACUCCUUCUGUCACAACACAAAAUGUUUGAUGUGAACAUUAUGAGUAACGAAGGUUUCACAGCUCGAGAUGUUGUGAGGAUGAAGUGUAAACAUCCAAUGACAUGUCAAGAGUUUCUAGCAGAUGCGAUUUUAGAAAAUGUUGGUGUGUCCUUGAAGGCAAAUAUGCUGGCCAUACAAUGUAUAACAUCCACCAAUAAAGAAUGGAAUGUGAAGGACGCAGCCAACACACUCAUACUUGUGACCAUACUCAUAGCCAUAGUGACAUUUACGGCUGGUUUCACAGUACCAGGUGGGUUUUACUCAUCAGAUGGUCCAAUCCCAAAACAAAGGGGCUUGGCACUUUUGGCCGAUCAAACACUGUUCAAAAUAUUCAUGGCUUUCAACGCUAUUGCUAUGUACAGUUCCACCAUCGGUUCUGUGAUUCUUCUAUGGGUUCCACUGGGUGAUCUUCGUUUUGCAGGAGUAUAUGGACUUGCUAAGAUCUUUGUUUAUGUAGCUCUUAUAGCAAUGCCCGUUGCGUUUCUUGCUGCUAUACGUUUGAUUGUGAGCAAGAACACCUUGCUUGCAGAUUUUAUCAGUGUCAAUGGCUUCAUUUCCAUUUUCUUCAUCAUAUUCGUUUGUGUUUUGGAAUUCUUUCCCCUUAGAAAUCGGCGUCCCGUGUUUCGUCAAAUUGCAGGCUUAUUUAUUAGGAUCAUUAUUAUUUUGUUCUAUGGAGGGAGUGAUGUUGUUGACCGAGCAGUUGGUAAAGUUGAUGCUGCAAGAAGCGAAAUCGACUCAGAUGGAAGUGGCUACACUUCUAGAAGUAGCUUCCCUUCUGACCACCCCGUUAUGCUUACACGGUUUUAG